GUGACAAUCGUUGCCGUGGGGCAAGGCCCCAUCAACCUCGCAGAGAGGCAUCAUGACGCUGCCGCUCUUCGUGGCUGCUGCGGCAGCUCUCUUGGUAACAUUUGUUGUCAUCGUGCACUUGUUUGGUCCUGGCCACGAAGACGCCCCGGAACGCGCUUUAGUGCCCCCACUCGAAGGCGAAGUCACGCUGCGGACGACGUACAAGUACGAAUCCGGUCGCUUGCAAGCGCAUCCUGUGCGUGUGUACACACAGUACUAUUACCCAAACCAAACGGUGCCCAAGGGCGUUGUGAUUUGCCUCCAUGGAAUCUAUGCACAUAGUGGUGGGCUAACUCCCCUCUUCGACGACCUCCUCCAACGCGGCUACGUGGUCGGUGCGCUGGAUUUCCGCGGGUUCGGUCGCACGUCCGGGCGAUUCGGGUAUAUCGAAAAGUUUUCGCACAAUGUAGACGACACGCUUGCGUUCUUGGAAACAACGCGCGCAAAGUUUCCAGGCCAGAAGGUAUUUGUUGUUGGCAUCUCCAUGGGUGGCCUCAUUCUGCUACACACGCUGCUGCGAGCGCGCCAAGGACUGAUCGAUGGCUCAGUUCUCCACGCCCCUCCCGUGCUGCUAGCCGAUGGGGUGCGGCCCGCUGCCAUUGUGGAAGCGGUGUUCCGAGUAUUGGUGAAGGUGUUCCCAAAGCUGCCGGCAAUUCCAACGCACGGGUCGUCCCGCGCCAACAGCAAAGAAGUCGAAGAGGCGGUCGAGACGUCCAAACAGGCAGAUGCUUUAUUUUACAAGGGCUGCCUUCGACUCGGCACUGGCUUGAAUAUGCUCGAAGCGACGCUGGACAUUCAAACGCAACUCCACAAGAUCGAAGGGCCGUUUUGCUUGAUCCAUGGCGACAGCGACCGAGUUUGUGCAUACGAAGGGUCCCAAAGGUAACUUGUUUUGCCAUCCUCCCCAGUGGAUGUUUGUGAAUCGUCGUAGAAUCUUUGAUGCAGCGGCAUCGACGGACAAGCAGCUGAUCACAAUCAAGAACGGCGAACACAAUUUGCUCAAGGAGCCCGCGCGAUUUCAACAUGAAUACUUGCGCCACAUCGGAACUUGGAUAGAUAGCCAUGCCGCCGCGUCGCCACUGGACCAUGCAUUGCCGUGACUAUGCCAGCAAGUGCGGCGCUUCCUGUUCACGACAUCGUGGCCAUUGAGUUGUUUCAUGGCGCUUCGUAUGCCGAUGCAAUAAAGCAGCAGCACACACUAUCAUGCCGUGCCGUGUCAACAGGUUUUCCUUUGUGGGACAUUGGCUAGCAGCAAUACUUCAACCACACGUGGUGAAAUAUCGAGUGGAGUUCUCUCGGAACUGAUGACGGUGGUGGAUGCAGGAGGCACCGGGUGCACUGCUGGUCAGAGCACAUGCACCACAUCGAGCGUCAGAUAACGCAAUAUUGGCUCUAGACAGUAGUCCAAGAUGAACACUCGAGGCUGAUCCAACGCAUGUCGACUUUUUUCUUGGGGACGCACGUCUAGUGUGCUGAAGGAUCCAUUUGCAACGAUAGGGGGCAUGAGUUCGUACGGAUCACAGUGCACAGCCACGUCCUUGGAACUGCGCACAGUCAAAGUCAACCGUGCGCGGUAACCUCAUGUGACGAUUCAACUGGGGCGGUAGCAUGAACAAGAUCUCACGUACAUUUCUGGAUGAUGGCAUCGAAUUGAAAUGGCAGCGACGUCGACUUGAACCAGCAAAAUGUUGAAAUGUGGUACUGCGUACGGCAUUGCACCCGGAAUGGCCAACGACUGUACGCACCAGCUCGGACAUCGCCCAAACACAUUCCCGUCAUGGCCGUACAAGCACAUCUUCCAGUCGCACAGGUCGCGCUCUUUCACUCCAUCCCAUCGCUCGCAAAGGACGUGUCGAUCCUUGGGGACCCUAUCCGGACGAACGAACAAGCCAGGACACCUGAACGAAGUGCUGGCAAGUUGGAAGCUGUAACAAUUGGGGGAAGUCCCUCCUGCGUUUCGGCGCUGGGUGAGGCUGGUACUCGUGGCCAUCCAAGUUCGUUCAUGGCAGGCCAAGUGGUCACCCAUGCGGGCAGGCCGUCCAAGUCGGCUAAUGGCAGGCCAACACAAGCCACCGGCUCGUUGCAAUUGUCCGCGUCGCUUCGCAUUGGCCA